AUGGUAAUCUCGGAAGGUAGCGGCAACCCAUGGGUCCUUGCAGCAGUGUAUGCUAGUACAGAAUUUAGGGAGCGGAGAGUUUUGUGGGAGGAGGCCUCUCACCUGAUCGGUCAGGGUCACCCGUUGUUAAUGGCAGGUGACUUUAACUGUAUUGUCGGCUCUCAUGAGAAGAUGGGGGGGAAACCCUUCACUUACAAAAGGAAAAUUAAAGAGUUUCAGGAAUUUCUUGACUCUAAUGGAUUGGUUGAUCUGGGCUUCUCGGGCCCGCAGUUCACUUGGUGCAAUAAUCAGCAGGGAUGGGCUCGUGUAUGGGAGAGACUAGACAGAGCUUGUGCCACUGCUGGGUGGGUUCAGUGCUUUCCAGAGCAUCAUGUCAGACAUCUGCCGAGGAUAGCGUCGGACCAUUAUCCAUUACUGGUGAGUACUGAGGCACUUAUUCCUAUCUGUUCCCCUUUUAGAUUUGAGAAGUUCUGGCUGUGUUAUCCGCGAUCAUGGGAGAUGGUUAGGGAGGCGUGGAGUGUACCAGUUAGGGGAGAUGCUAUGUACCGGAUGUCCCGAAGGUUGGAACUGACGAGAAGACGGUUGAGGAGGUGGAACCGUGAGGAGGUGGGGAACAUCUUCAGGGGGAUUGAGGAUACAGAGGAGGCCAUCACCAGACUGCAGACCCAGGAGGUCCAGAGUGGAGGUUUAUCGGAGGAGGAGAUGGGAGAGCUUAGAUCACACUUGGCACUACAUGAUUCUCUUCUUAGACAGCAGGAGAUACUUUGGAGACAGAAGUCCAGGGUACAGUGGAUUGUGGAGGGGGACCGAAAUACUAGAUUCUUCCAUCAGGCGACAUUGAUCAGAAGACAUCAGAACAGGAUUAGAGUCAUCAGAGGCGAGGAUGGACAGUUAUCGGAGGAUCCGGAUAUGAUUCCGAGGAUUUUGGAGAGUUUUUUCAGGGCCAGGUGGACUGAGGAGGCAGGGGGUGUGAGCCCGGUGGAUAUUCGGUUGCCUAGUGUAGGGGUGACGGAGGAGGAGACUGCAGCACUGAUCAGGCCGGUUUCGGAGAGGGAGAUUAGGGAGACAGUCUGGUCCCUUGAGGGGGACAAGGCUCCAGGGCCGGACGGUUUUCCUCCGUUGUUCUUUCGGAGGUAUUGGACAAUUGUGGGACAGGAUGUGAUAGCAGCCAUACCGCAGUUCUUCAGUACAGCUACAUUGUCUACUGAUUGGCAGAGGACGUUCAUCACACUAAUACCGAAGCGGCAGGAUGCUACUGAGCCGAGCCACUUCCGCCCGAUUAGCCUGUGCACGACUUUGUACAAGGCCACAACGAAAAUACUUGCCGUUAGGUUGAGGGAUAUUCUUCCGAGGUUGAUUAGUCCAGAGCAGGGGGCGUUUGUGGGAGGGCGGAGUAUCACAGACAACGUGCUUAUUGCCCAGGAGUUUAUAGGGUUGCGCCAGGGAUGCCCCCUCUCCCCCCUGCUCUUCAUCAUCUGCGCCGAUGCGCUCUCGAGAGCUCUCAGACAGGCUGUAUCCCUGCAUGAGUUAGAGGUUUACAGGCCAGUGGAGGGGGCUACACCGAUUUCUCACAUGCUCUUCGCAGAUGAUUGUUUAUUGCUAGCCCGGUCGAAUCGGCAGGCCGCAGGUGUCAUCAGUAGGAUUCUCCAGGACUAUUGUGCUGUGUCGGGUCAAUGUAUUAAUUUCUCUAAGUCAGCUAUAUGUUUCAGCCCGAAGACUACUUUGGCAGUGAAGAAUUCUAUUCUGGAAAUUUUGGGGGUGGGUGAGCAGGAGGGCACAUUGAGAUACUUGGGGAUUCCACUCUCAGGUCGGCGGCUACGUAGCAGGGAUUGUUCCUCUCUGGAGCUCAGUAUCAGACAUAGACUGGAGGGAUGGCAGAUGCACACAUUAUCGAUGAUGGGGAGGAUCACCUUGGUUCGGUCAGUUCUCUCUUUGAUUCCCACAUUAUCGAUGAUGGGGAGGAUCACCUUGGUUCGGUCAGUUCUCUCUUUGAUUCCCACAUUAUCGAUGAUGGGGAGGAUCAUGGUUCGGUCAGUUCUCUCUUUGAUUCCCACUUACUUUCUCUCCAACUCUUUCAUUCCAGUGGUGGUCCUGAGGACUCUUGAGCAGCUCUUUAGGAACUUCAUCUGGGGGAGGAGUCGUGGCAGAGGCGGUAUUUACUUAUUAGCAUGGGAGGUUGUGUGUCAGCCGACUAGAUUGGGGGGUUUGGGGUUGCAGUCUUUGGUGGUGAGACGGGAGGCUCUAGCGGCACGUCACGUAGCCAGAUUCAUGCUAGAGCCCGAUAGUAUGUGGUCCUCGCUGAUGAGGGCCAAGUAUGGUCUAUUGCUGCCUGGGACACGAGCUGGCAGUCACCAUUCACCGGUCUGGAGGGAGAUGUGUGCCAGAGCCAUGUUGGUGCUUCCGGAGAUCAGAUGGGCCAUUGGGGAAGGGCGAUCUAUUAAUGUUUUGGAGGACUGCUGGGUGACUGAGUUGCCGAUCAGUUGUUUGCCGACCAUGGUGGAUUCGGCGAGGUUGAGUGGAUACAGAGUUUGUGACUUGCUGGACCUUGUUGGGGGUCAGUGGAGGGCUGGGCUGAUUCGGGAGGUUCUUGGGGAGCAGUUGGCAGAGUUGGUUUUGGCUCUUUCGGUACCAGCCCGGGAGGAGCCUGACAGGCUAGUAUGGAUGCCAUCAGGCCAGACGCGGGUACGAGCUAGGGAUCUUCAUGUUUUGUGCAGUAGGGAGCCAGCCCGACAGAUUGAGGGAGGAUGGAUCUGGAGGAUGCGGGUUCACCCACGAGUGGCGCUUUUCAUCUGGAAGGUGGCAUGGGGGUGCCUACCGACCAGAAGCAUGCUAGCUCGGCGAGGAGUACGGGUUACCCAGUUUUGUCAGGUGUGCAUGGAGAUUGAGGAGACCAUCGAUCAUGCCCCUCUGCAGUGUCCUAGGGCGAGGGAGAUUUGGAGUAGUUCACCUGCACCCUUACCCCAGGUGAUGGAGUCGACACAGGAUUUGAUCCAUCUGCUGAGAGUUUCUAUGCGGAGCCCCAGAUUUUGGGAGGAGGGGAUCCUCAGGGCAUACCUGGCCUAUCAUAUUUGGUUGGACAGGAAUGCCGGCAUAUUUGAGGGUAGGAGGUUGUCGCCGAGGAUGGUGGCGGAUAGAGCUGUAGCGCAGGCUAGGGAGGCUACUGCAGUUACCACGUUGUUCUCUACUGAGAUGGCCAGGGACAUCUGGGGCACUCUCUCCGCUGUUGUAGCGCGCAAGUUCGCCUAUGUUUCUUGGGCUGGUAGCAGCCGGGGGUCGGCGCACGCCGGGGAUUACUGUUGUAGGAGCAGAGCUUCGGGCUGCAUGGGAGGGGUUGUUAUAUACGAGGAGGUCCCUCAGAGCUGA